UAACCAAAUCCCUAAGGGAUGGCCUGAACUGACAGAAGAAAUGUUGAAAGUUUGAGGCUCAGGAGGACAGUUUCUGGUGGCUCCCUGGCUUCUGGAAGAGAGAGAGGUAGGGCAGUGGACAGGUUUCCUAGUGGUGAGACACAAUGGAAUCCGGCUUCACCUCCAAGGACACCUACCUGAGCCAUUUUAACCCUCGAGAUUAUCUAGAAAAAUAUUACAGCUUUGGGUCCAGACACUCUGCAGAAAACCAGGUUCUUAGGCUUCUUCUGAAAAACCUUUUCAAUAUAUUCUGUGUGGGUGGCAUAAAGGGAGACCUCCUGAUUGACAUUGGCUCUGGUCCCACUAUCUAUCAGCUCCUAUCUGCUUGUGAAUCCUUCAAGAAGAUCAUUGCUACUGACUACACUGACCAGAACCUGCAGGAGCUGGAGAAGUGGCUGAGGAAGGAGCCAGGGUCCUUUGACUGGUCCCCAGUAGUGAACUACGUGUGUGAGCUCGAAGGUAACAGAAUGAAAGGGCAAGAGAAGGAGGAGAAGUUGAGGGGGGCAAUCAAGCAGGUCCUGAAGUGUGACGUGACACAGAGCCAGCCUCUGGGUGCUGUUUCCCUGCCCCCAGCUGACUGCCUGCUCAGCACUCUGUGCCUAGAUGCUGCCUGCCCAGACCUCCCUGCCUACCGCACAGCCCUCAGGAACCUCAGCAGUCUGCUGAAGCCAGGGGGCUACCUGGUGAUUGUGGAUGCCCUGAAGAGCAGCUACUAUAUGAUUGGUGAGCAGAGGUUCUCCAGCCUCUGCCUGGGCCAGGAAGCAGUAGAGACUUCCGUGAGAGAGGCUGGCUAUACCAUCAAGCAGUUUGAGGUGAUCUCUCAAAGUUAUUCUCCCACCACAGCUGACAAUGAAGGAAUUUUCUUCCUGGUGGGACAGAAGCUAAACACCUCUGCAUGACACUUUUUGGUCACAACUAAGGCAAUUCAUCUGACUAACCCAGCUGACUUCAGUCCUUGGUUCUAACUCUUGCUGAGUAGAGGCUAAUGGCUAGGGCCCUGAUGGUUUGUCUAGGAUAGGGUUGUAACUGUCAGUCGACCUAGGAGUAAUUGGUUGACCACCUAGUCUGUGUCCAGUCUUCACUACCUGUGACUAUAAAAGAAAAUAUAUUUCCCUUAAGCAUUUUGGUUGUGAUCACUUAAGCCCACACAUCCCUAUAGAGAAAUUUCUAAAGUUAUUUGUGUUCUUGGGGGACUGCUACCUUUUUUCUCCCACAAACAGGUUUUUCCUCCUCUUCAACUCUUGCCUUCUCUAGGGACCCCAUCUUCUGCUUGGGUCCACUGGAACCACCACUAUCUCUGGGGCCAGAGAACAGCUGUUCCCUUUGCUCCUGGGUACCAAGGAUAAGUUAGGCCCUUCUCUUACUCCCCUUGACACACCUAAGUGAAGCAAUGACUUCUACCUGAAGAGAAGUUUAGGAGUUAGCAAGAGAGAUAACAGACACUAUUUUACAGCAGCUAUUAGAAACAGUGUCUUCAGAGCCCACAUCCUUAGAGGGUCCUGGAAGGUAUCCUAUUGGCAUAGGUCUUGGCCAAGUUAUGCAGAUGAGGAAGAGUGAGGAGGGAAACAUAUCGCCCCAUGGUGUGCCUACGUUCUCUGGUUCCCAGGCACCAUCAUACACGAUGCUCUAAAACAGAGGUUGACAAACUAUGGCCCAUGAGUCAAAUCCAGCCUGCUGCCUGGUUUGUAAAAUUUUACUGAGACAUGGCCAUGACCAUGCAUUUACAUAUUGUCCAUGACUGUUUUUGUGCUAUAAUGCCAGAGUUGAGUACUAGCGACAGCAAUUGUAUGCAUGGUCUAUGAGGAAUAGAGUGAAGAAA